AACAAAGUUGUCGCCAAGAAUACUAAAUAUGAGAAACUCAAAUCAACUCACAAUCUACGAGUGGAGUUAUGCUGAAAUGAUUGAGAAGUUUAUGAAGACUUCAAUUCUAUCAGAGACGAAUCAUUUUUAAGCGAUGUCUGCCUCAGAUAGAGGUGGUGAGGAGAGGUCAUUGAGUCCGAUGGAUGUGGACAAUGCAAACCAAGUAAGCUAUAAGUCGUCCAGCAGCUAUUCCUCCAUUGGUGCUGGAGGACAAAUGUCAUCUUAUCCUCGGAAUAACUCGCACGACUCCUUAGUGAAUGGAGUGAAUUCUGGAAACUCGAAUGACGCCCCUGAGACACCCAUGGGUAAGAUAGGAGACCAAUGGAAGACGCACGAUAGCGUUCCCUGUGAUGAACGCCGUGGCUGUACAAAUCAUCCAAGUAACCGUAUUGCUUCUUCCUCAUUGACAAAUAAUUCAUCAUACCGCGACCUGCACUCUUCAUCGACAGGACUUGAUGUGAAUACAGAUCUUGUGUACUCGAGACAUUCAUUGCAAGUUAACAGAAAUGAUGAUCGAGAGUACGAUUCAGCCACAUCGACUGGAUUUCACGUGGCCUCCCAAGAAGACGAUGCAGCAACCGCGCGUUUCUUAGCAAGUAAAGCGGUUGAUGGGUCCAGUACAGUUCUAGAUACAGCUGAUCUCGACCGAGUAGUGCUUGACGCCGCUUCACAUGCUUCCUCAUUGCUGAUAGAUUUGGCUGACACUCAAGCCGCUGCCGUGUCUUCGCUGCCAUCAGUCAAAUCCAAACAACGACCUUUGUCUCUCCCUCAAAUGGAUUUAUUUUCUGAAAAUGUUAUUGCUCAGCACGCACCGCCAAGCUUUGUUAAGGGUGUGAAAGAUUACGUUGGUUCUGCAGGGGCAACUCCAAUAUCGCAACAAACUGAAUCCGAAACUAAUUUCCCCUCGAAUACUCAUCACAAUUCGUACCAGAAUAGAGACGUAGUACCACAGUCCUCCUCCAUCAUUAGUGAUGAGUACGAGUCACGUAAAGAUGAUAAAUAUAAAAUAUCAUCCCUCACGGACACAGCAAUGUUCGACAAAAGCAGGGGCUUGUCAGAGCUCUCCCAGGAACGUGGUGCUGAUCGGGGCUCUGAAGAUGCCACCUGUGCUCGGGCAAGCAGCCCUGGGUCUCCCACGUCAGCUGACAAGAAAUAUCGUCAAAUAAAAUUCCGCGAGAAUCCGACUACCAACUUCGAAAAGGCGCUGGCGGCUCACACUGAAGAAAUCAUCAUCCAAACAGCGGGAGACUCGGCAGAAGACUGCUCCAUCUGCCUGUGUGGAGCACAUGAGGAGUCCCCGUACCAGUCACGGGCAGAGACUGUGCGUGACAUCACGGGCAGCGUGGCACUGAAGCAGUGCCGGCACGUGUUCCACGCGAGCUGCCUGGUGCAGAGCCUGGCGACCGACGCUACCAGCAUCACUUGUCCCAACUGUAAGACCAUCCAUGGCACACUUACGGGCACGCAGCCCAGCAACGGUACCAUGCAUGUGCGCCUCAACGAGUAUUCCUUGCCUGGAUACGAUGGCUGCAAGACCUACAAGAUAACAUACAGUUUCCCGCGAGGCAUCCAGGGGCCAGAGCACCCCAGUCCUGGCCGCCCCUACUUCCUGAUAGGCUUCCCUCGCUGCGCCUACCUGCCUGACACGCCUAAGGGUAGGAAGGUACUGCGACUACUUCAAGAGGCGUUUGAUCGACGUCUAAUUUUCACGGUGGGGACGUCGGCGACGACAUCGCAGCCUGACUGCGUCGUGUGGAACGGCGUGCACCACAAGACGGAGGUGACCAACUACGGCGGCCACGGCUACCCCGACCCCAACUACCUCGACAACGUCACCAUGGAGCUCGCCGCCCUCGGCGUCACGGAAGACAACUGUCGAAAUUUUGAUAAUGACUUGGCGACAGCCGACGAUGCUUUCCUGAGCAUCAAUAGCGACUCCAGCUCCACAAUUGGUGCACAGACUUUGAACUCUGUACCUAAUCACAGUGACAUCGCUGCCGGUGACGCCGACUCCAACAACGCCUCUAGAGAUGACUCGACUGGCGCCGGAGACCUCAUGACACGCGACCGUUCUUCCGAUCACUUGCAACAGCGCGGGAUAUGUUCAUGUCCCGUUAACCACACGUGUGGUUAUAAUCAUGGAAGUUAUUCGUCAAGUUCUGCGAAUUAUGGAACUAAUUGUGAUGCAAAUACGAAUUAUGGCAAUCAUUCCUGGGGACCCCAAUAUAAUGAUGGUUAUUCUGGAUGUGCCACGCAUUAUGAUGGUUAUUCUUGUGAUCCCUCAAAUUCGUGGAAUGAUUUUGGAGCUCCUUCAAAUUAUGGCAGUUAUUCUGGCGGUCACUCGACUCAUGCUGGUCAUUCUGGAGGUUACCCAAAUCAUGGUGGUCAUUCUGGAGGUGUCCCAAAUUAUAGCAGUUAUUCUGGAGGUCACCCAAAUCAUGGUGGUCAUUCUGGAGGUCACCCAAAUCAUGGUGGUCAUUCUGGAGGCUACCCAAAUCAUGGUGGUCAUUCUGGAGGUGUCCCAAAUUAUAGCAGUUAUCCUGUGAGUUCCAUAAAUCAUGGCAGUUAUUCUGGAGGCCCGCAGUAUCAUGACAACUAUUCUGGAGCUGCAUCAACCCACGAUGGUUUCUCCGGAGCUCCUAGAAAUUCUGCCAGCCACUCAGGACGUUCCACAAACUGGAGCACAGACUCUAAUGCCAACUCCCCCUACGGUGGACGUUCAUCGAGUAACGACGCUAAUGACAACAUCCGCUCCCCUGUACGUGGCAAAAAUUCUUCAAGAAAGCAAAAGAAUUUUGCGCUUAAUUCUCCUGGAUCACCAAGCCCUUCACCACCUGUCAGCAAAGCCCCGCCUGGGGACCAACAGCACAUCUUCCGAGAUAAUCCUGUAUCCAACGCUGAAAAGAUGCUGCGUGACAUCUCCUUUGAAGUUCCUGUAACGCCUUCUCAAGGAGAAGAUACCGAAAAAUGUUCCAUUUGCUUACACCGCAUCCACGAAGUUUCGCCGGCUCAGUCGCCUACAAGCACAUCACGCGGCCUGGUUGGUGCAGUGAUGCUGGCUAACUGUGGCCACUGCUUCCACUGCUGCUGUCUACUGCCGCUGCUCGUGACGGCGGCGCAGAGCUUCAGUUGUCCGGUCUGUCGGACGCUGCACGGCGCUGUCACGGGCACGCAGCCUGUCGGGGGGCGCAUGAGCAGCAAAGUCGAGAACUCUUCCCUUCCCGGGUUCAAGAAAUGCAAAACUAUCGUCAUAAAUUAUCACAUUCCUGAAGGCAAGCAAGGAAGAGAGCACCCCCACCCCGGGCGGCCCUACGUUCUGAACGGCUUCCCCCGCGUGGCUUACCUGCCUGACAACGAACAGGGUCGCCAGGUGUUGUCUCUCCUGAAGAUCGCAUUUGACAGACGCCUCAUCUUCACCGUUGGACACUCGGCGUCCCUCAACCAGCCUGACUGCGUCAUUUGGGGCGAGAUUUCCCACAAAACUUUCAAGAAGGAUAAUAAAUUUGGGUACCCCGACCCCAAGUACCUGGACAACGUGAUGCUCGAGCUCGCUGCUCAUGGCAUUACCCUUAAGUAUUAGUGUGCGUAUCAACGAUUUUUGCGUCCUUUCGCCUUAUUAGCACAUCAUUAGCGCUUAGUCGUUUAAUUUGGUGUUUGUUGUAAUUGAUAUCGAUUGUUUUGGAUAUAUUGAGUGUUUCACGUUCGUGAAGCUUUCUGUGUGAUGCGCUUCUAGUGCUAUGACUACGUAAAUGGAUUUAAGAACGGUACUUAAUUUUUUAGUAGAGUUCAUCAGAAACGUCAUUGCGCACCCUGGCUAUCUUCAUAUUAAUUGUGUGGUGUAUUAAGAAGUCCUUUGUACAUAAUCAUAUUCUACGAUUGAGCACAUUAUUUUAUAAUAUAGAAAUGUAUCCAUAUAGAUAUAACCCAUUUGAUUAUAUCUUUAAAUGCGUUGAAUAUUUUUCUACUGAGAGAGUUUUUACAAUAAAUAAUUGGUCAAAAAUGACUUGUGUGCUCCCAUGGAAAUCAAGCCUACCUCGUAUAACUUUCUUUCGACUUCUUUUUCAUCGUGAUAUAUGAAAUGACUACACUUCAGAAAAGCUUGCUGGCAGAAAUGAAAUUUCACCAGGCAACAGUUGAAUGACUGGUCGUGUUGAUUGAUGCCAGGUCGCAGCGCUUCGGGUCAUUUUUAAUUUUCAGACAUUUGUGAUGAACUUUCUUCCCUUCCUAUUGUAAUUGUUUGAUAACAUAUCCAGUGUUACAUUAUGAAUUAGUAAAAGCUAUUCUGAGUUUAGUAAAACCUAUUCUAAUUCAAAACGGUUGAGUAUUUGCUUCUUUGAGCCUUGUUUAUAUACUAAGAUCUCGGAAUUCGUUUUGUGUUUGAUGCCGGUGGGACAAUUCUUCACUAAACAUUACUAAUCUUUUUUGUUUCAGCCAUUGAUAACAUUAUUUUGCGCACAAAUAUUCUAUAUUCGUGCACGUACAUUGUAAAAAAAAAUAUUGUCGAGUUAAGUGCACAAUUUUUAUCUUAGUUCAUCUAUCCAGUAGCUGCAAAACAGUGAGGCCCCUGGCAUUAUAGCAGCGAUUGUUUUGACGGUAAUUAUGUCGAUUCAGGUAUCGAAAUGUUCUUCAUAUUUAACUGCGGUUUAAAGAUAAAACAAUGAGACGCUUCUCAAAUUUGAAUUAUGUUAUACAUUCAUAUAAAAAUAUUGUCUAGUG